CGAAUGCCACGCACAACAAGCAUCAUACAGCAAUACUCCCAUCAUCAGUAGAACUGACUACUACUGACUACGGAAUCCUCUGUAUACUUACCCCACCCCACCUAGCCAAACCUUAUCAUGAUCAACUUUCCCCACCAUUUCCCCUGCACCUCAUCUCUCCCUCUUCCUCUCUCUCUCUCUUCCGCAUAUAAUCAACAACCACCACCUCCCACCUCACCUCAAUCAAAACCCACCCCCGCCCCCCGAAAAAAACAAAGAUGGCGCCCCUAACAACCACCCUCCAAUGCCUUCCCCUCCCCCCACCAACCUUCACAACCGCCACCUCUCCCGCGCACCACCCCUUCCUCUCCGCCGCCGCAACCGGCACACUCCCCAAACCUGCUUUGUCCGCCUGGCUCGCUCAAGACCGCCUGUACAUCCACGCCUACAUCCGCUUCAUCGGGCUACUUCUUGCGAAACUCGAAUUACCCAUCCCCCACCAACAACAACAACCCUACCCGGAAUCUCCCACCACCAACACCACCACUACCACUACCACCGACAAAUCAACCCGCCUUCCCACCCAAACCCUCCAAACCCUCACCGCCGCCCUAAACAACAUCACCCGCGAACUCGACUUCUUCAUCACCGUCGCGGACUUGUACGGACUGGAUCUAAAUGCCCCGUUCUCAGCCGCAACAGCAAGCACCACCACCACCGGAACAGAAUUCGCAGCGUCCCCGAUAACAACCGCCUACACGGACUUGUUCAUCUCCGCGGGAUCAGCGGGGACGUCACUCCUGGAAGGGCUGGUCGUGCUCUGGGCAACGGAGGUAUGUUAUUUGACGGUGUGGCGGAAUGUGCGUGACGAGAUGGCGGCGGCGGGGGCGAAGGGGAUCACGGCCACGGCCACGGGGGGUGCGGAUGCGGAUGGGGGUGCGUUGCGCGAGAAGCUGAUUCCGAAUUGGACAUGUCCGGAAUUUGAGGAGUUUGUGGAGGGGAUCACGCGGUUGGUGGAUGCGGUGGCGGAGUCUGAGAUUCGGAAGACGGGGCAGACGGAAGAAGAGGUCGUGAAGAGGUGUGCGCGGUGGUGGAGGCAGGUGGUUUGGUUGGAGGGCCAGUUCUGGCCACAGAUCUAAAUAUCGCCAGUCUAGUUUGCAGGAUCUGGGGGAUAUGGACCGUUGUACUGUACAUUAAUGCAAAUCUGUGUACGAGACAAGAAGAAUUGGUAAUGGUGCUGACGCAAUUGAUCAUCAACGCAAGAGCUCGCAUAUGGAAUAAUUAUAUACUACCGAAGCAGGGGCAAACCGGCACUUACACCAAGCUCGACACAACGCAAAA